AUGAAGGAGUCCAGCCUGUACAGGUUCAAGGACAUCAAGCCGGUGGUGAACGCGAAGGAGUUGGUAGACGUGGUGCUCUCGAGGACGCAGAGAAAAACGCCCACAGAAAUCCACAAGGGAUUCAAAAUAACGAGAAUUCGAAAUUUCUACAUGAGGAAAGUAAAAAUGUGCCAGGAACUCUUCAGAGAAAAGUUACAAACCACAAUUAAUGAUUUCCCUAAGCUAGACGAUAUACACCCCUUUUAUGCAGAUUUGGCCAACAUAUUAUACGACAGGGAUCAUUAUAAGUUAGCACUAGGACAAUGUAGUUACGUGGUCAAGUCGGUGAAGCGCAUUUGUCAGGACUAUAUAAAAUUACUAAAGUUCAGUUCCUCUUUGUACAAAUGUAAAAUGUUAAAAAUUAGUGCUCUAGGACGUAUGUGUAAAAUGGUGAAGAAGUUGCAACCCAGUUUAGUUUACUUGGAAGAAGUAAGACAAAACUUAACCCGGCUCCCAUCUAUAAACCCUCAUAAGAAAACCAUUCUAUUAGCUGGUGCCCCCAAUGUAGGAAAGUCUUCAUUUAUUAAUAUUGUCUCUCGAGCCAAUGUGGAAGUGCAACCUUAUUCCUUCACCACGACUAAUUUAUACGUAGGGCAUUUUGAUUAUAAUUUGAACAGAUUUCAAAUAAUUGACACACCAGGAUUGUUAGAUCGGUCGCUGGAGAAUAGGAACACCAUAGAAAUGACCACCAUCACUGCACUAGCACAUAUAAAUGGAGUUAUUCUUUUCAUAAUUGAUAUUAGUGAGGAGUGCGGAAUGUCUAUUAAGGAACAAGUUAAUCUUUUUCAUUCUAUUAGAACUCUCUUUAGGAAUAAGUCAGUUGUAAUUGGAUUCAACAAAAUUGAUAACACCAACCUGGACAGUCUAUCAGUGGAUAAUAAAAUGCUUAUUAAACAAAUGACUGAUGAUGCUAAGGUGCCUGUGAAGUUUUGCUCCUUCAGUACACUCACUGGGGUAGGUGUGGAGGAAGCAAAAGGGGUUGCUUGUGAUAUGCUUAAAAGUGACCAGGCUGCUGAGUUCCAGCUGGAUCGGGAAAAUUUACUCAACGCCAAGUUGGGUGAACGCAAGGUCAAUCAGGAGCGCGCCCCUUUCAUUCCAGAGUCCGUCAUUAGGGAACGCCAGGAGAGGAGGGAAAGGGAGGAGCGAGAGAGGGCCGCCAAGGCGGUGCAAGGAAUGGAGGGUGUAGCGGCAGUGUCUACAAGCGAGGGGAACAUGGUUGACGACGAUGCAAACGCAGUUUCCCUCACCAUGCGUGAAGCCAAGCUCAAGAAGAAAAACAAGUCCAGGCAGAGCUACCUGAGCAACCGCAAGGAUGAUCGCGUCCUGCAAAUUGACCUACAAAACGAGCGAGGAGGUGCGGGGGUCUACUCAGUCGACGUGAGAAGCGUGUACGACAUAAAGGAAGAAUACAAAUAUGAUGUAAUCCCUGAAAUAUACAACGGAAAAAAUAUCAGCGAUUUUGUGGACUUGGACAUAGAACAAAAGUUACUAGAGUUGGAAAAGGAAGAACAGGAGUUGUUCGAUGAAGACGCAGAAAUCGACCCCAUGUGGUUUAAAACAAAAAGAAUUUUGGAGCGCAUGGCCCUCCGACUGAAGGGACUGAAACUCAAUGCAAAAUUAAAUGAAGAGAAGCAACCCAUUUAUCAUAAGAAAAACAAAACAAUUGAUGAGAUGAGCAAAAAAUUGGAUAGCCUCAAUUUGGACAAAGAAAAAAUACUCAGGAGUAUGACCGAGCGGGCCAGGAAAAAAGGCACACUAAACGCAGCGGCCAAGGAUAGUGGCUCGUCCAAGAGAUCUACCAAAAGCCUCCUCAACGCACAGAAAGUGAAAAAGGACAUUUACAAGAAGAAACAAAUUAAGGAUAACGUCUAUGGAGAUCCAACCAAAAAGUCCAAGAUUUUCCAGAGCACAUCAACAGAGUUGCAGAGGAAAAAGGCCUACAAGCUGAACAAAGCUGCGUACAGGAAAAUCGAAAAGGGAACCAAGGGAGAGGCCGACCGCUCCAUCCCCGCGAAGAAACCAAGACACUUGUUUUCGGGCAAGAGGUCCAUAGGUAAGACCUCCCGACGCUGA